AUGUCUACGUUCCAGGUGCAGCUGGGAGGCCACUGGCGCGACUAUGGGAAGAAAGAGGACAAGCAACUCAAGACAGCAUACAUGUCUGGGCAGCAGACGGCGCGCUUCAAGAUGCACAUCAACGGCAAGAAGGAGAAAUACGAGGUAAACUUCAAGAAGAUGUCGCAGGAGAACCUGGUGAGUGGAGGCACCCGAGAAAUUCGGCCACCAUACCGAAUGCAGGCUCCAAGCGGGCCUGUCCGUGAUGCCAACGACAAGCCAAUGGAGCCUGGGCCCACCAUUUGCAUCAAGGUGCCAGAGGGCGCGGCCGGCAGCGUCAUUCAGGUCCCCCAUCCAAAGGCCAAGGGAAAGUUCUUCGAGGUGAAAGUGCCGGCGGGGGCCAAGGCUGGCCAAGCCAUGCUGGUGCCGGUGCCGUCCUGGGAAGGGCGACUGGAUCCAGUUCGGGAGCAGUUCAGGAAGUGGGACAAAGACGACAAAGGCUUCAUCAGCUUCGGAGAGCUGGCGGAGCUUAUCGCUCAACUGAACCCCGACCUGGGCCGAUCAGAAAUCAACGACCUCAUCUUGCAAGUGGACAAAAAUCAAGACUACAAGGCCCUUGCAGCGGUCCCGGCCCCCGUGAGCGCGGUCAGCGCGGAGAUGAAGCGGCUGGAAAAGGAGGACCCGCUGCUGAAGAGCAACCCCAGGCGCUGGGUGCUGCUGCCGAUCCAGUACAGCGCGGUCUUUGAGAUGUACAAGAAGCACGAGGCCUCCUUCUGGACCGCAGAAGAAAUCGAUCUGGCCAGCGACACCAAGGACUGGGAGGCCCUCACUGAGAAGGAGCGCCACUUCGUGUCCCACGUGCUCGCCUUCUUCGCCGCGAGCGACGGCAUCGUGCUGGAGAAUCUCAGCACGAACUUCGCCUCCGAGGUGCAGAUUCCGGAGGCCCGGGCCUUCUACGGGUUCCAGAUGGCCAUGGAGAACAUCCACUCGGAGACCUACUCGCUUCUCAUCGAGCAGUACAUCAAGGAUCCGGUGGAGAAGGACAAGGUCUUCAAUGCCAUCGCCACCAUGCCGGCGGUGCAGGAGAAGGCCAAGUGGGCGGUGCAGUGGAUGAGCACGGAGUGCAGCUUCGCCGAGCGCAUCGUGGCCUUCGCCGCCGUGGAGGGGGUUCUCUUCAGCGGCUCCUUCUGCGCCAUCUACUGGCUGAAGAAGCGGGGCCUGAUGCCCGGGCUGUGCUUCUCCAACGAGCUCAUCUCCCGCGACGAGGGGCUGCACGCGGACUUCGCCUGCCUCUUGUACAACAUGCUGCAGAACAAGCUGCCGGAGGAGGUGGUGCACGACAUCAUCCGGGGGGCCGUGGACACGGAGCGGAAGUUCAUCUGCGAGGCGUUGCCUUGCGACUUGAUCGGCAUGAACGCCGAUCUCAUGGCCACCUACAUCGAGUUCGUGGCCGAUCGGCUGCUGUGCGCGCUGGGGCACUCCAAGCUCUUCAACGCGAGCAACCCCUUCGACUGGAUGGAGCUCAUCUCUUUGCAGGGGAAGACCAACUUCUUCGAGAAGAGGGUAGGGGAAUAUCAGAAAGCAGGUGUCAUGGGUGGGGGGGAGCAGGAGCAGCGUUUCUCCCUGGAUGCUGACUUCUAA